CUUCCUGUUAGCGCUGAAAGGAAGGACAUGUUGAAGUCUGGCCCUUGGAACAAGAGGGAUUCGAGGGUCGGAAUAGCCGACGAGAGACGAUACACGAUGAAUGGUGUGACUAUGUUUAAACCGUCGUCAAGUAAACACAGCAUUCGCCGUCUGAAAUGAGUGAUUCGUGUUCCAACGUAGGCGGAAGAAAGCUUUUUAAUUUCAGGACAAUGGAUUUUACUUUGGCGAGGAUAUUGUUGGCGUUCCUUCUCUUCAGGGAGCUUGAAAUGGGUAUAGGGUCUUUCUCCCAGUCCUAUGGGAAAUUGAAUGGAGAUGUCUUGUUGCCCUGCACCUUUCCAGUUGCAGCCAGCCUCAAUCUGCACAACCUGGUUAUCACAUGGCAGCGGACAGACACUCUCACUGUGGUUUACAGCUUCUACUCUGGAUUGGACCAUCCAGAGCAUCAGGAUGCACAGUUCAGAGGCCGCACUCAGCUGUUUCACUCAGAAUUCCUCAAAGGGAAUGUGAGCCUAAAAUUGGAAAGCAUGACAUUAUUCGACGUGGGUAACUACACCUGCUUUGUAUUUGAAGAAGAAGGGACUGAAUACACUGAGACCAUUGUGGAAUUAAGAUUAAAUGAUACAUCACGGAUUAAUGGAAUAGAUGCCGCUGGUCCCGCUUCAGAAAGACAACAUUAUGGAUCUCCACCUGCAGUAGUGUUUGUUUUAAUCACAGCUGCAAUUUUACUUUUCCAAAUCAAAUCCAAGAAGCAACAAGAUCUUGAAAAGAUCCAUUUACUGGGAGACGAUAUAAAAGCUGUGAUACAGGAUUACAAAGAAUACAUCAUGAGAGACCAAGCACGUUCAUGUUGCACAGUGAUGCGAAAGAGAUUCAUGAACAACAAUUCAUUUGCCGGAUCCAUUAAUACCAUCGCUGUAAAGAAACAGGACCCAGGCAGUGACCUUAUCACAGCAGGGGUGUUGAAUAUUGCAAAAGAAAUGGAAGUUUCAGAACUGCUGUCUUUACUUCAGAAGGAUAAGUCAUCGAAGAGAAUCCUGCUGGUAGGUGAUACAGGAGUUGGGAAAAGUUGGGCUGUGGACAGCAUGGAGCAAGACUGGGCAUCUCAUCCAAGCCAUGGGUUGUAUUGUGUCAUUGUUCUCAAGUUCUCUGACUUAAAUCAGGUUAGAGGAAAGACCACUCUCCGGGAGCUUCUGAAGAAGCAGUGCCAGCCUUUGUCAUCAGUCCUAACGCAGGUCCUCCAAAACCCUCAAGAUGUGCUGAUCAUUUUGGAUGGACUUGACGAAUUUGGCUUUCAGCUUCAAUGCAAUUCUUUGGGUUGUGAUUUGAACCUAGACAGCGUGGCUGAAGUAAGUGUUCUUGUUUCCAAACUUAUAUCCAAGCAUCUCCUUCGAGACGCAAAGGUGCUGGUUACCUCCCGAUGGAAUGCAAAGCAGUUAGAAGUUAACAAGAAGCAUUUUGAUCAGCAUUUUAUUAUCACUGGCUUUUCCAGUGAUAGGUUGAAAAGGUAUUGUGAUAUGUUUUAUGCGGAAAAGGAGAAGGCAGCAAUAAUGUACCAGCACAUUACGGAGAAUGAGACCAUCAAAUGCCUGGCUUCUAAUCCCCUCAACAGCUACAUUCUGUGCACCAUUUUGGACAGAUGUUUCCACUGUUAUGAAAUAAAGUCAGAUUCAUUAAUGACAAACAGUAAGGUUUUUAAAUUGCUGCUUUACUGUAUGAUUAACUGUAAAGCCAAUGAUAUUGAUGAGACUGACCUGGAGUAUGAAUUGUUUAUGGACACCAUCCUAAAGGUAGGGCAACUGUCCUUCAACACCCUGCUUUCAGCCAAAGUUGAAAUGAAUGCAGUUGAUCUGAAAGCCUACAGAAUAGAGCAAUCUCUGCUUUCAAAGUACCUCUCAAAUUUUGUUCUGGAAAAGAAAUAUAAUGAUGAAGGUUCUUUUGAGUUCCAUCACGUGGUGCUGAAAGAACAAUUUGCGGCUUUGUAUUGUGCAACCUUACUGGAUAAGGAUCCUGUAGAGCUGGUCAAAUGUCUGGAUCUUUGGUGCUUUGGGAAGAGGCCACAAAAUCAAUUGAGUCAAUUUUAUCUGCAAUCAUUCCGCCCUGAACACACCGAAAAGCUGUACAAUUUUACCAGGUUUCUCAUGGGUUCCUUAACAGCAGGAAGAGAAGGCAAGUUGUGGAAUUAUACAGUUCCUCUCACUCCUUCUACAGCCAGAGCUCUCAGGACAUGGUUUAAAACCAACCUUGAGCAGGAUAUUAACAAGGCAGAAUUGCUGAAUUUAAUGCAUUGUCUAUUUGAAUUGCAAGAUCUGGAUGUCACAGCUGAUGUGUCUCCAUACAUAAAGAGUAUAGAUUUUUUCAAUAUGUCUUUGAGCCCCCUGGACGUGUCUGCUUUACAUUACUGCCUGAAACACUCUGCAGUGGAAAAGUUGGAUCUGAGACUCUGUAACCUCGGUGAUGAAGGGAUAAAGCAGCUGACGGAUGUGCUUUUCAAAUGCAAAACACUUUUGAUAAGCUCCAACAAACUGACCGAGGAGUCAGCAGAGAUUUUGAGUGGUAUCCUUCAAAACCCAGAAUGCAGAAUAGAGACGCUAUCGUGUGGUACAAACUGUUUUGGUUCCGCAGGAGCUCGGUCUUUGUGGAAAGCUCUGGCAGGGAACAAUAGUCUCAAAGUCCUUCGUUUGUAUGACAAUGGGAUUACAGACGAUGGCAUAGAGGACAUGAUCCAGUACCUGAGACUGAACACAACUCUCCAGAAACUCUUUAUAUGUGCAAACAACUUCAGUGAUGUUGCACAGAGAAACAUUGCACAGGUGGAGUCAUGUUGUGGGCUGCAAGUCAUCACUAAAAUCAAAGAUGAUGAAGAGCUCUUACAACGAGUUGAAACGCAGGUCGAAGAACUGCUCUCUUCCUGUCCAAAGUAUGACAAGGAAUGGCUUCAGAAAAUACUGAGAACGAUUUUAAAAGACCUGGAGGAUGAGAGCUGCAUACCUGACCAAAGGACCCGUGCUAAGGUUGGAAAGAUAAAAGCAAAUAUCAACAAGCUUCUUCAGAAGAGCAAGAAUGCAGCAGAUAAUGAUCCAAGCCAUGAAAGAAGGGUGCAGUUCCUGACCACUUCGUCACUUUCUUUGCAGGAUAUCGUAUAAUCACCAUUGUUUUUUUCCUGUGUUACAUGCUCAAGGAGAUCUGUUUUUUUUGUGAGAAUGAUGUAAUGGUCUUUUGGAGGUCACCUGAUGUGAUUUUCCCGCCGAUGUGAGGUCAUGUGAUGACAUGUGCCCCUUGACUAUAUAAGGGUCGACUCAGGUGACACAGUUGGUUUUUGAGUUUGUAGAUUUCCAGGUAGAACGUGUUGUGCCUCCGUUUCUGUUGCGUGUUUGUUUUUGUGACGCAGUUUCAUUUUUAAAACAGUAAUUUUCAAACGUACUUUUUGUAGUUUUCUUGGCUAGUCUAUGCUAAUAUUUCAUUUUCUUGUUUAAUUAUAUGGUCUGUUGUAGGUUAACGGUUUUCUUUAUAUGUACCUGUUUUUUCUUUGUAUUAUAUCGUUUUCGUUUUAAUCGGUGUACUUUUUUUUAUUCCUUUACUGUUUUAUAACUUUAGCUGAUCUUUUUAUAUAUAUACUUUCUUUUAGUGAGCGUCUAUCGGAAGUCAUGGGGGUAGUUCUAGUGCUCGCUUCUUUCUGGCUGGUCUA